AUACCACAGUACUUGCAGUACAAGAUGGUACGCAGGCCUUGACUGGCGUUCUUUUGAUGUUCUUCAGUAUCCGUCCAACAGAACCCCUUCCUACUUUUAUGAUACUCGCUCGUUCGAAGCCACUAUGGUCACCUUCGGGAACAUCGUGCAGGCCACAAUCUUUAUAGGGCCGUGGAUUCUGCCUCGCGCACUCGCUUUUUACCGCUCCAUUCGAGCUUCGAGCCAUACCCCUAAUGCCGCCGUCCGAGAACCGCCCUCCAAGGUGCAGCGCUGUCUCAACGUACUUUUUGCCGCCGUCGUCGUCUCCGUAAUCCUCAGCUUCCCCUACUUCGCGCCGGAGAACAUAUUCAAAGCCACCAAUGCACGGUUGGGCCUUGACAGCAACCUGCUGGUCUCGCGACUGAAUGCCCUUCGUCAAGGCGCUCUUACGGAUACGGACAAGUUAUUUCUGGAGAAGCUGGAGAAUGAGCCAAAGAUGUGGCGGUAUAUAUACGCUGCCUACGGCCCUGAGGUUGCUCUUACAUGCCCCUUCUGCCAGGCGAAUGAACCUCAGAGCUACCUGUACUACGCCUUGCCCGGCAUUGCUGUUCCGCAUCUGAUACACAUCUUCCUCCUUGGUCUGAUAACCUCGUCUUUCUUUUCGGGUGCCGAGGGUUCUCGCUGGCGCACGCAUGCUACCAUCGCAGGCGUCGCCCUUGCAUUGAUCGAAUUAUAUACAACGUGGAAUUAUAAAUGGGAAGCCAACGUAACAAAGCGUAUGCUGGGCGAAGUAGAUUUCUUCUAUGCCCGGAUGCGCGUAUACAGACAUCUUGCGUUUGCAGCCACGGAUGCUAUCUUUGGCUGGGUGCUGUACUUGACAUCCACAAAUCGGUGGCUCGUCAAGCCUCCUUCUACGACUCAGCAGCUGAGUGAGGUUGCACAGCAAUUGGCUGGAAUGCACGCACAGGUCAAUCUGCUGGCGAACUUACGAAAUGCGACAGUGCGGGACGCUGAAUUGAGGCAGGGGCAAGAGAUGUACUGGCGACGAGAGCAGGAAGAGAUGGCAGGGAUAAUGCAGGACGAUAAUGUGAGAAGCGCUGUUACAAGUGUCCUGGCCAAAGAUGAAUAUGACAAAACGAGACAAAGAGCGCGCGCAUACGUGGAUCAGGUGCUUAGUACAACUCUGAAGGCUCCGACGCCCACAUCUUCGACGACAUAAUACACAGAUUAUGAAAUUUACUUUCGCCGCAAACGAAAUUGCUCUUUGACGGGAAUUGUCUUCUUUCCUUCUUGACGAUAGAAGCUGAGAAAUCUUUUGAACCUGACAAGUUCUUGAACGAACUUUACACUCGUCCCUAGCUGGGCCAUGUGCUCAGAAUCGUAUCAGAAUGCUCUAGAAUCCAGUGAACGGCGUGAAAUGGCUAGGCUUUCCAGAUUCUAGGGAGCCUUGCUGUAUGUUCAUGCUAGCAUGUCUAUUCAAAUUACAAAAAAAAAUUGAAUAAGAAAAU